AUGAGACUUGACGCCAAAGCCAUUCGUUACCUCACUUCUGAAGAUUUUCGCGUCCUCUCAGCGGUGGAAACUGGGAGCAGGAAUCAUGAAGUCGUCCCUACCCCUUUGAUCGCUCAGAUCUCCGGUCUUCGCGGUGGUAGCGGGGUGAAUCGCGCCAUCUCGAAUCUGGCCAAGGCGAACCUGAUUGCAAAGGUGAAAAAUGCGAAAUAUGACGGCUACCGACUCACCUAUGGAGGGCUUGAUUAUUUGGCGCUUAAUGCCCAUCAAAAGCAGAAGUGUAUCUACUCUGUUGGAAACCAGAUCGGAGUUGGCAAAGAAUCGGAUAUCAUAGUGGUUGCAAAUCACGAUGGGACGCAGCACAUUCUGAAAAUCCACCGACUUGGUCGUAUAUCUUUCCGAACGGUUAAAACCAACAGGGAUUACUUGCGGAAUCGAAGCACAGGAUCGUGGAUGUACAUGUCGCGUUUGGCGGCGAUGAAGGAAUAUGCAUUUAUGAAGGCACUUCGGGAAAAUGGGUUCUCUGUACCGCAACCCAUUGCGCAGAAUCGGCAUACGAUCGUUAUGAGUUUGAUUGAUGCAUUCCCACUCCGUCAGAUAGCGAGGGUUCCCAAGCCUGCGCAACUAUACUCGGAGCUGAUGGAUAUGAUCCUACAACUGGCACGGUUCGGCUUGAUCCAUGGUGAUUUCAAUGAAUUCAACCUCCUCAUCAAAGAGGAAGAGGUCCCCGAUGCGAAAGGGAAAUCCCCAGCAGAUGCGGAUGAAGAUGACAGUGAGAAUAUCCGGCUCACCCCGGUCCUGAUUGAUUUCCCGCAAAUGGUGUCGAUCGACCAUGUCAAUGCGGAGAUGUAUUUCGACCGUGAUGUGGAUUGCAUUAAACGUUUCUUCAAGCGGAAGUUUCACUUCGUGAGCGAUGAACCUGGUCCCUUCUUCUCCGAUGCCGAGAAACAGCUCCUCCAGAAUCCUGGAAAGCGACUGGAUGUGGAGGUUGAGGCAUCCGGGUUCUCAAAGAAAAUGGCACGAGAAUUGGAAAUCUACAUGAAGGAAGUUGGUGCUAAUGGUGACGGAAAGGGAAACAAUGAGAUUGACAAGAGUGAGAGUGAAGAUGAGAACCAGUCUGAACCUGACUCGGAGGGUGAAGCUGCCGGCGAUGAUAGCGAAGCCGAGGAACCCAAGGAAUCACAAACCGAUGAAGCCCAAGAUAGUUCGCAAAGGCUAGAGAAACUACAUUUAUCAGACUCGUCUGGAGGACAGUAG